AUGCUGAGCAGCAAUCUUCCUGGAGAUCUGAUGAUGGAGAUCAUGAUGAGGCUUCCCAUAAAAUCAUUACUUCGAUUCAAAUGUGUAGCCAAAUCCUGGUACGCUCUAAUCACUGACUCUUCUUUUAUCACCAAACAGCUUGAAUAUUCCAAUUCUAUCACCAAAAAUCGCUGCCUCAAGCUCAUCUUCCAAUCGCAUCGUCCACGUAAACAUCCACCCUGCAUAUCCCUCAUUUCCAAAGAUGAACCCUAUGUGCUCCACCACAUAGAAUUGCCCCAAAUCCUUCAGAAUGAUUUGGAACUGAUAUUCAUUUACGAUCAAUGUCAUGGGAUCUUUUGUCUGCAUUUAGUUUUUAAAGGACAUAAUGAGGGUCAAUUACUGUUGUGGAACAUAGGAUCAAAAGAGGUUAAGGUUGUUCCUGCUGCCUCACAGAGAAAACCCGAAUACAUGGAUGAUUCGAUUAUUGGAUUUGGAUUCGAUCCCAUCACAAAGGAUUACAAGGUUGUUCGGUUUGUAAAAAAGCCUUGGGAGGAGGAGGAGGAGGAGGAAGAAGAACCUCCGGUGGAAGUGUACAAUCUUAGUACUAAUUCUUGGAGAACAAUCGAUGUUGAUGUCCCUAAUUAUGAAUUGGCUUAUCCAAGCUGGAGUUCAUAUUUGAAUGGGUUUUAUCACUGGUUAGCUUUUGUCCGAAACGAUGAGAUUGAUAAUAAUGCCCUUAUUUUGAGCUUUGAUUUUAACAAGGAAGUAUUUAAGACGAUCCAACUUCAUCCUGGGAUUAAUCUUUCGUGUGUUGCAAAUGUUGCUGUGGCCAAUGAUUGUCUUGCUUGUGUUACUGCAUAUAACUGGCCUCUCAAAUUUGAGAUUUGGGUGAUGAAUCAGUAUGGUGUAGAAAGUAGUUGGACUAAACACAAACAGGCUUUUGGGAUUAUCCAACUUCCUCCUGAGAUUCCCAUCUCUUGUUUCAGUAAUAUCCAACUUACUAUUUUUGUUAUCUGUUCCUCCUAUGAGUUGAAUGAGCAUAGCAUUGACAUUUGGGUGAUGAACGAGUACGGUAUUGAAAGUAGUUGCAUUAAGAAGUUUAAGAUUGGAUCAUUGAUUGUGACUGAGCAUAUUUUAGCAUUUUGGGGAGAUAAUGAGAUUCUUAUGUAUUAUUUUGGGGAUUUUCCUAUUGUUUAA